GUUGUUUGCGGUUGGCCUCCACUGUACAGGAGCUUUAGUCUCUGCGCCAAAGAGGCAUCGAGGUCUCACACAUACAAACAAUAUCCACGGAUCAUGAUAUCUCUCCUCGACCUCCCCACCGAGAUCCGACUCCAAAUAUGGUCAUACAUCGUCCAGCCGACGGUCAUUCACCCAUGUAGUUGUUGCACAAAAGUUAAAACGACGCAGAAGUCGUCUUCACAAGACAACAACAACAACAACGCCAGGUACUAUCGACAGCCGACAACAACAUAUGAUCUCUGCGACAACCGCAUCCUCCGCGCCAAUCGUCUGAUCUUCGCCGAAGUUCAACCACUCGUGGCAAAAGUCGAGAAGGAUCGCGUCUUUGUGCUCUGCGACAACUCGAACCUGGACAAGUUCUUCAAAAGCCUGGACAAAAGAGAUUGGAAAUGGAUCAGACACGUCACGGUCGAGUUGUUCAUCGGCUGGGGCAAAGACUGUAAAGAUGACUGGUUCCUGGCCCAGAGUCACAGAUGGGCAAAACGAUACGUCGCAGGAUCACUAAACAAAUACGGCCAGGGGAGGGUCGUGGUUGUCAGUCCGGCCGAGGAAAUCAAGGAGGACUCUCAGGGCAGACGGACGCUGACGGUGGAUGUUCAUCUGUCAUGA